UGUCUUACCUAGGAUUUUGUUUUCCUCAUGUGCCGUACAAAACCAAGCUCCUAGAAGCUAUCCUCUCGAUCUCAAGCCCUCAAGCUCGCCGGUUAGUCACCGCUCCGUCUCGUCUCAUCGCCGCCGUCGACGCUUAACCGGACUCCUCUGCCACCCAAAGCUUCAAACAUCUUUUGAACCAAUAUCGUAAUUCUUUGAGUUUAGGAAUUUGUAGUGGAGGAAGGAGAAGGUGCAAAGAAAGCGAGAGAGAAUGUCGGCUCGAUUAAUGAAGAAAAUCUUGAAAGAGCAAGAAGCUGCUCUGCACCAACAAGACAGUGAAGAUGAUUCUGAAUCCCCCGAAUCUUCCUCUGCUUCUCGAAGAAACCCCUUUGAUAUUCUCGACGAGGAUGAGGAUGAAGAGAAAGAGCAGCACAAUGAUUGUGAUGAUGUUGAUCAGGUAGAUAAGUCAGAAAUCAACGAUAGAUCCUCGACAGGGAAGGUUGAUACUAAGCAAUCCUCCAAGAAAACCGACACGAUUAACACAUCUACAUCAUCAAACCAGAGAUCAAAGAAAAAGAAAAAGAAAAGCAAUAGAAAUCCUCAAAAGUCCUUGGAUGUGAUGUUGGAAAACUUGUCUCUAGAAGGAGAUUCAUCUUGCCGUAAAGAUAUUGCUUCUCAUUCAACAGAAGCAAAACUUCUAAAUACUAAUAACAAUAAGAGUGUCAAGAAAUCUUCAAGUUCCAUCCUUCAAAUUGACCCGAAAUUCCUAAGUGCAGAAAAUGAGCUUCGGAGGAUAUUUGGGUCCAAAGUAGUGAGCUCUUUCGAGCGGAAUCAACAAAGUGGAAGCUCUAGGCAGGCUCGUGGGAUCAGACGUGGAAGCCAGAAUCAUAGGAAGACUAUCCUCGUUCAUCCUUCAGAGCAUUGGCCACGAUGGGAUGGCUCUCUUUCCAUGGAACUUCUGGAAACCAGAGAUGAAAUCAAUCAUUUCAGGUAUGUACAUUCGGCUUCCUAUACCCAAGCUCAGAGAGCGUUCGAAGCUGCAAAGGCAAUUCACGACCUUAAUGGUAUCGUGAACAUUCUCGUGCAUCAUCCAUAUCACAUAGAUUCACUCAUUACAUUAGCUGAGUAUUAUAAAUUUUCGGGCGAGCUUCAAAUGUCGUCUGAUGCUACUGCAAGAUGUUUGUAUGCUAUGGAAUGUGCGUGGCACGCAAUGUUCACCCCGUUUCUGGGUAAAUGUCAGCUGCAGUAUAGCCAUGAUACGAACAAGCCCUUCUUCUCUGUACUUUUCUCGCACAUGAAGAACAUGGAUAGGCGGGGCUGCCACCGCUCUGCCCUCGAGAUUUGCAAAUUGCUUCUCUCUCUAGAUUCAGAUGACCCGAUGGGUGCCUUAUUCUGCGUUGACUAUUACUCGUUGAGAGCGGAAGAGUAUUCGUGGCUAGAACGAUUCUCUGAGGAAUACAAAAGCGAUAGUUCUUUGUGGUUAUUCCCGAAUUUUUCUUAUUCUCUUGCCAUAUGCCGUUUCAACCUUGAGAGUCGGGAAGAUGAUAAAAAGACGGAAUCUUUGAAAGCUUCUUCGACUGAUCUGAUGAAGCAGGCGUUGAUGCUACAUCCCACUGUUUUGAAGAAGUUGGUGGCAAAGGUGCCACUUAAAGAUCAAACUUUUAGCCGUGUAGUUGGGCAUAGCCUCUUUGCCUCUGAGAAAUCUGGGAGCUUAUCUUUGGAUCACUUGGUUAAUAUAUAUGUCGAAAGGAGCUACCUUAUAUGGAGGCUGCCCGAUAUCCAGAAGUUUCUCAAGGACUCCGCACUUACAGUGAUCGAGAUGCUCGAGAAAAAAGAAGCCGAUUCAAGAGAUUGGACUUGCGUGAGAAAAGAGGCGUUUCCUUCUGACAAAAAUGAGUAUUCUCAUCUAUUGGUAUCUGAAUUUUCGGAUUCUGUUCCGACUUUGCCACCUGAUAACUUGCAAAAUUUCAUGGUCGACCCAAGAUUGGCGGUGAACAAUGGCGAACAACCGGCUAACCGCCCCGUGAGAGAUCUGUCAAAUCGAAACGCACUUGCAGUUCUUUUCGAGUCUAUGUUGCCCUGGGUAGAUUAUGGUACGGAGCACGAUGAUCACCCACAGGAUCACGAAGGCUGAACACCCACCCUCCAAAACGGAAAGAGAAAGUAUGUUACUCAUCCUCGGUUCCCAGAUUUAGAUCAUUUCACCCUCACGUGAGGGAACAAGUUUUCGUUUAUUUCAACAUUCUAACUCGAUUACAUUGCUUAUUGGCUUGGUAAAGACCGACUUGUUAGACUAUAUCGGUGUAACUAAAUAAGUCCUGCAGAAGCAUCAGUUUGAUCUUGGGUUAUCGCGAAAGAGGCUCAACUUCUCUUGAUGGAUGCUCUGUUAUGGCUUUGGGGUUUUUACUAAGAAUCUUAGAUGUAUUCAUGAUUUUGAUAUGUUUUUUUAAACAAAUCUUUGUUUUUCCUCAAUGUUCAAAUUUGUUAGAGUUAUGUUUA